AUGGAAGAUCUAGUCAAGAAGAAACGAGUGAGAGGAGGCCACAGAUCGUCAGCUAAAAAGCUUGUGGCGAAGAUAGUUGAAAGGCUUCAAAGUGAGAGCCCAGACAAAGACAUACUAUGGUUGCGACAGAGCCAAACGAACUUGAAAGAAAAAAUCAAGACGAUAAGACAAUUCGACGAACAAAUAAUCGACAUAAUCAGCGCAUCGAAAGAGGAAGACGUCGAUGAACUUGUAACGCAAGAAAUUGAAGACUCAGACAACGCGAUAGCGGAACUGGAAAGAAUAUUACUCGAGCUCGAGGAUGAAUUAUGUAAAUUGAGACAAAGCACGCCAUUGUCAGUGUCGACAACGCAGAACGCCGCGGAUGCAAGCCUUAAUCAGAGUCAUUUGUCAACCUCCAGCGAUAUGUCAGUCGGUAAAAUCGUUCGAGCUAAGCUCCCGAAACUUGAACUCAGAAAGUUUAACGGAAAGAUUUGCGAAUGGCAAGAGUUUUGGGACAGCUUUUCAAGUUCAAUCGAUAACAAUGAGCAAUUGUCUGAUGUCGAUAAAUUUGCGUAUUUACGCGGUCUGUUGGAAGAACCAGCAAAGUCAACAAUCACUGGGUUUUCUCUGACAGAAGCAAAUUAUAAGUCAGCAGUAGAACUCUUAAAGAAACGAUUUGAUAAAAAGAGCGCAGUCCAGCGAGCACACGUGAACGAACUGAUUCAAUUGUCGCCGGUAUUCAAGGAAAGAGACACGCGAGGACUUCGCGCGAAGCACAUAACCGCGCGUUGA